AAUCUUUUCAUCCCUAGAAGUGUUAGAACAAUUACUAUGUGAAAGUGCAAGUGCCUGAGACGAAUUGCUACUCGAGUACAUCCUCCCUACUCAAACGCUCGAGGCACAUUGCAGCUCAGCCAGCAGCUACCAACUCACUGAUUCACAACCCAACAGCCACAGCCACAACUCAGCUUUGUCAAAUCGAAGCCUGAAAUCUAUAUACUACGAGUACUUACUCUAUCCCUACUCUAUCCCAAUUCUAUGCCACUAUUCACCCCUCGGAGAAAAUAAGCUACAACCUUUUUAGCAUCAACGCUAGCACUCAGCUGAACCUGAUACGAUUCUCUUGCAUACCCCUCCACUAUCAACCCCUCUAUUGCUUUCUUGCAUCAUCUCACGAAAUCUGUCCCUCCAUCCCCCCCAAACGUCAGCUCUCACUGGCUCACUGUCCUUGAAACGUCGUCUUGGCGAUCCCAGGGUCCAAGUUCAGGCUUGGCGCACGACAGACCAAGAACAGAUCCAUUCCAUCCCACCUAGAGAACCCUCUCCUGAUUCCACACACAAAGCUUGGGAAUAGCUUCAACUACUUCCAUUACAAACAAGACCGCAAAGAUGCCGUCGUUCAGUGCAUCCACAGCGAUUAUCACCAUCGCUAUCGUCCUCCUCCUCGCCAGACCGGCUCACGCAUUUGGAGCGGGUAACAUUGGAUCUACCUCCAAAGUGGAAGGACAAAACUGUACGUGGAAAUUCUGAUCUGCCGGAAAUCCAGCCGAUGCUAACGUGAUACGGUUGCAGGGCGCCAUGGAGAUAUCGAGGAUACCCUAUUGAAGUUGAUGAUGGCGAGAGCCGCUGGCGGCAAGAAGUUCUCCAAGAUGAUGGUCUCCCGUGUAUACUUUGGAAACUGGCUCAGAGAUUAUUGUAAGAUCUUCUUCUUGACCCACUAUCAGUCAUGUAAAACGUUGGCAAUCCAGCCUGGAGAUGUUGGUCCCAGUCUGUUGCCUGGAAGCUUUGGGCGAAGCUAAUAUCGCGGGGUUCUUUUACCCCUCACUUGACAUCGUCCGAAGCUUUCAAAUGCCCGGGAAUAACACGGCAUCAAUUAUACAUCACAAACUAUGAUUUAUGCUCUCAAGCUCCUGGAGACAUCGUAUCUCCCAAUUCCAAAAUAAUACUAACUUCUAUUUUCAACAGCCCAGGCAAUCGAUGUGGGUACCGUCAAAUAUGUUAGUGCCGAAGCCAUCCGAAUUCUCCUAUGGGUUUUGGGUUUUAUGACCUUUGGAUUUGGUACAAAGGAAUUCGAGGUGACUUCAGACCGACUUGGAUGCUACCGUCCCGAAGAUCACAUCGAUAACCCUAAGGAUUAUGCCGACAAUAUUGAUGCCACGCAAUAUGAUAGAAGACUACGUGGUCCAGUCGACGAAAGUGUGGAAUUGGCCAUUGACCCAGAGACCGGAUUGAAGAAUUAUAUCGCCAAUGAGCGCGCUGGCAUCAUGACCUCUGCUGAACAUGUUCGAAAACUCUUUACCGAAUGUAUUCGUCUCGGCAGAAGCUAUGGUAGAAGUAACAACAAGGAUGAGUUAUAUGAAGCCCUUCGAUUGUUGGGUACCGGACUCCAUUGUCUGGAAGGUAAGUAAUUAUCAGAAUUGAGUAUCAAGAUUCUGCUGACCAUUCCUAGACUAUUCAGCUCACAGCAACUACAUUGAGCUUGCUCUCAUCGAAAUGGGCGAGAAUGAUGUCUUUCCCCAUGUCGGUAGCAACACUGAAAUCCGUCUUCGAGGUGCACGAAAAUCUGUUUAUCCUUUGAUUACUGUACGUGUUGCUUUCAUGAAAUCAAAUCUUUUAUUGAGCACUGAAUUCUGACUAUACUUAAUAGGGUACCUUUGGUGGUGUCGACUUUCUUCACUCUGUCUGCGGAGAAAUUAACGACAAGGCAACUCAAUCCGAAAUUGAAAGUCUCGAGGGCACAAUGCAACAAAGUGGAAACUCUGAUACCAGCGCUCUCAAGGAUCUUUUGAGCUCUAUUCCAAGUGGUAUUUUUGGCGACAAGGACCCUGCUGACAAGGCCGACGAGCUUCAAGACAGUGCCACGGCUGCUCAAAUGAACCAAGUCCGAGUCUCCCCACGAGAGCCCGAGGAGUUCACACAACAGAUGCUAGAGGUUCAACGCCAAAUUUACCCAAUCAUUGAAUGGCACGAUGAUAUCAUGCAUUCCAUCCAAGAAGCUAUUGCAGAAAUUCCCGUCUUGCCAGAGUUGAUUGAGCAAGUUGAGGAGCAAAUCAGUAUCUUUGUAUUCUCUCUUCUUGCGCCAUUUGUUCUUCCUAUCAUUAGCCAGAUCAAGAAUGAGUUGAACACUGGUUCUUCCGAGAUCAUUCAAAGCAGUAAGGACAAACAGCUCAUCGUCUUCAGUGACGACGACUGCUCCGACCCCACUCACUCCAUGUUGUCAAAGGACCAUUUCUCAAACGUAAGCUCAAAAUUUCCAAUCCUUAGCGAGCAAAAACUUACUUCAAUAGAUUCUCAAUGAGGCAGGAGGAAAGAUUGCAUCAUCAGUCCUUACCUGGGUCGUUCCCCAAUUGAUGGCCUGCUGGGACGAUGACAACAUUGACGUCGAACGCACCCUAAACCGUAUCAUAAACGGUGUAUUCCAUCACCCUGCUCUUCGCGAUCAAGGCGAGGAUGGAGCUGUUGAUGGUAGACGCGCUAUGUUCGGCGUUGUUGAAGAAUGGUGGAACCAAAUGGAUGGACGUGAGCAAGAUGAUUACCGACGAAAGCUUACCCGUGAUGGUGUCAUGAAUGGUGAGAACCACAAGGAGGGUGUUCACGAUCAUGGACACGGAUGUGGAGGACCUCUUAAGAUGCACAAAGUUGGCGGUGGUCAAGGAGGACCUGCUGGUGAUAUCCUCGGUGGCAUCGCCGCUGCUGUUUCUGGAGGCAAGUCAGGUGGCGGUGGAGGUGGAGGUGGUCGCAACGAGCAAUUUGGUAAAUUUGCUGGUGAGGCUGCUGGUGGUGGAGCCAUUGGUGGAAUCGUUGGUGCGAUUGCUGGAGGAGUUCUUGGAGACGUUCUAGGCGAUGAUGGCGAGAAGAAGACUUAUGGUUCCUCUGGCUAUGAUUCUCAAGGCGGCUAUCAACAGAAGGUUACCCAGGUCUCACACUCUGGUGGCCAAUACGGUCAGAGUCAGUACUCUGAGACCUCAUACGGAGAUGGUGGUCGCAGACAGGAAUACUCGAGCUAUGAACAAUCUGAUCAUAGCGGCACGGGAUACCAACAGCGAACUGAGACUCGCCCUAGCUACGGAGGAGGCUAUGAGCAGCGACAAGAGACUUCUACUUAUGGUGAAUCACAGAGCUACGGUGAGGGACGCAGAGGAAGCAACGAGAGGCAGGAGGGAUAUGGUGGUGGUGGAUAUGGAGGGGGUCGUGAAGAGAGUAGUUAUGGAGGCGGAAACGACAGCUAUGGAGGAAGUAGACAAGAGAGUAGCUAUGGAGGCCGACAAGAAAGCAGCUAUGGGGGUGGAAACGACAGCUAUGGAGGAGGGCGUCAAGAGAAUAGCUAUGGAGGCCGACAAGAAAGCAGCUAUGGGGGUGGAAACGAUAGCUAUGGAGGAGGCCGCCAGGAGAGCGGAUACGGAAGUCAACAACGUCGUGAUAGUCGGGAACGCCGAGAUGAGGAUGAAAACCCUAUUGCGGAGGGCAUUUCGAACCUCAUUGGUGGGUUCUUGGGGAAGAAGGGUAACGAUAAUGAGAGACGUGGAUGGUAAAGGGUGAAUAGGGGAGAGUGCGAGAUUUUGAU